CUUAUUUUUGUAUUCCAGUCUGAGGAGGAAGGAAUGCUAUAAAUAAGGGUGCCACAUCGACGUAAAAUCUAGUGUAACAACACUCGCACUCGGAUUCGGUUCUUGUUACUACUGCCAACCCUACACACACACCAUGGACACUGAUGAUGACCAGAAGAUGGCCAUGCUGCGCAAGGCCUUCCAGAUGUUCGACACCACCAAGUCAGGAUACAUUGAUGUCCUGAAGAUCUCCACCAUCCUCAACACAAUGGGCCAGCUCUUCGACGACUCUGAACUGCAGGCUCUCAUCGAUGAAAAUGACCCAGAAAACUCUGGCAAAAUCAACUUCGAUGGCUUCUGCAACAUCGCUUCCCACUUCUUGGAGGAGGAAGACGCUGAGGCUAUGCAACAGGAACUGAAGGAAGCUUUCAGGUUGUACGACCGUGAAGGUAACGGUUACAUCACCACUUCCACCCUCAAGGAAAUCCUGGCCGCCCUUGACGACAAGCUCAGCUCAAGCGACUUGGACGGCAUCAUCGCCGAAAUUGACACUGACGGCUCCGGAACCGUCGAUUUCGAUGAAUUCAUGGAGAUGAUGACUGGAGACUAAGCAAAUCGUCUAUUACUGUUACUAUUAUAGUAUUAUUAUAUUUUAGAUGCUAUUUUUAUUGUAUUUAAAAAGUUAAGACUUUGACACUAGUACAAAACCAAAUGCGGUAUUAGCAUGGUUGUUUAAUUAAAUUGCACAUUUUACUCUAUCUUAUAGAUAGGCACUUGUUAAUAUAAUUUAUUAGUCUACAAAGGUAGGCCAGGAAUCUUUUUGAGUUCGUUCCAAAGAAUUAUUUCCGGAAUAAUUCACAUCCAACGAAUUCUAGAACAAUUAUAAUGCUAAUAUUUAUAACGCAUUGCACUUUAUUUUGGAAAUAUACGUAAAAUAACAUCAUUAUUAUAACAUCAAUACACAAAACGACAGUCUUU